AUGGCCGCCGUGACGGCUCAGAUACUCGACCGGUACGAGACCAAGGCACCCGUGAUGCGCGCCAAGCGUGCCGAGAGACAGCAGUUGUGCGAGUGUCACCGUGCUGCCAGCGACGUUCUCUCUCGACGACACCGUUCUCGUCGCGAGGUGCACUACGACUGUACUUCUCUGUUCUGCAGACGCUCCGAAGCGUUCGGGAGCAACCCGUCGUUCACCGAGGACGGCGACGACACCAGCCACUAUGUGUGCUCCGUCCGAGACCCGGAUGGUGGAAUACGGCUACGGAAACCCGGCCUGGUUGAAGUGUCGGACGCAGACGCCGCUGACACCGACGAAGAGGACCCCGUACCCGCUGGCAAACGUGUCAUUUGCUCGGUGGGGGGCAUCGAGACCGUCUCCGCUGGUUUCAUCGAGGAUCUCCCAGCUGAACUGCUCAUCGACUCUGGUGCAAUCGCCAGCCUGGUUGAGUCGCGUGUCCUGACCCGGCUUGGGCUCACGGACGCGCCACUGCGAUCGUACCACGGCAGGGUUAACGCCGUGCCCGGCCACAAGUUGCGCAUCCGGGGCGAGAUUGACUUGCCGUUGUGUUUGGGGACGCUGAAGACGAUGAGGCCGUUCGUCGCGUUCCGCGCCGUGAUCGACCUGGAUGAGAGCACUAUGACCUUGAAGGACACUGGCGAGGUCCUCCCCUUGGGUACUCCUCGCGUCGAGGAGACGUAUGUCUCUCGCAUCGCGUCGACAGUGCGCAUCUGCCCCGGUGGCCUGGCUCUGGUGGCCUCGGACGUCGUAGGCAAGGCUCCGGAGAACACCACGGUGUUGAUCGAGGGACUCCCCGAGCUGGACGAGAACAUGAAGGUCGCCCGAACGCUUUGCUCGAUACGAGAAGGCAAGACUAUC